CAAUCUUAUUUCAUUUUUUCUUUUUUCUUAAAACAAACAGAGGGAGAAAGUGGAGUGCUCUGCUAGGGUUUCCUUAACCUAGCCCCCCCAAGCCGCCGCAGCUCCUCCUUCUCUGCCGUUUCAGACCCCAAGGCGGCGAAACGAAGGGAUCCUCCGACAACGCUCCAAAGAUGUGGAGAUGAAUGAAUGCUUGGAAAAUAAUGGUGGUUGUUGGCAAGAUAAAACAGUAAAUCUCACAGCCUGCAGGGAUACAUUUCGAGGAAGAGUUUGUGAAUGUCUCUUGGUUGAUGGCGUGCAAUUCAAAGGAGAUGGAUACAGUCACUGGGAAGGCCUUAACGUCAAGCUGUUACAGCACUCGCCCCGGUUGGAUUUGGGUAUGUGUUUUGUGGAACUACUUGCGUCGCCAACGGAACUUCCCUUGGGGAUUGUAAUCAACGUUGCUUGCCGUCAGAAGCACUAGUGGAGACUCUGGAGGAAACCCACCUCACGAGCAGUUCCGUAUUCUGCACUGUUGGGUUUGCUGCCAUGACAUGUUCGAGGCUAAGCAGCCAAGGGAGGAUGCCUGCUAAUUUUUUUUUCCUUUUAUAUUAAUAUUUGAUGGUAAGUACGUAAGUAUAUUAACUUCACGAUUUGUUUUGUUUUUGUUAGCUGCAAGGGAAGUUGCAGGCUGCGUCAAUACUUGUGUAGGGAGAUGCGCCAUGAAGAACUGAUGAUAAUCGCCUAUGCACGAAAUUAUAAUAAAAGGCCUUUAAUUACAUUUAGCCUGAAUGAAAAAAACAUAAUUUGGUUGCUGUUGUAUUUUCAGUUUUAUAUUUACUAAAGUAAUAUGAAAAAAAGAGAAAAAAAACAGUAAUAAUACAAUUAUUGCGGUGACCCAAGAAUCAUGUGAUGUUCCUUGUUUGUUGUUUUUGUUGGAUCCUUCAUGUUAUAUUAUUUAAUUGUUUUUCUUA